CAAGUUAUCGAUAUUGAUUUAAAGUACGCUCACGUGACAUAACCUGCAAAAUAGUGAAACCGGCAAAUAUCGUAACUGUAAAUUUGUUAUUCAAGUUGAGAAACAAAGUAGAUAACUUAAAUAUGGACGCUUUAGUUAUUAGAAAUAUGAAGGAUUUUCAACUUUUGUUCAAUCAGAUGUCUGAAAUGUGUUUUAAAACGUGCGUGAGUACGUUUAUGUCAAGAGACGUUUCUACAGAAGAGCUUCAAUGCGUAGAAAACUGUUCGGGCAAACACAUUCAUGCAAAUCACAAAAUAAUGGAAGUAUUUAUGGAAGUUCAACCUGUUAUUGCUCGCAGAAGUAUGGAAGAAUAUCAAAAACAGAUCAAAGCUUUAGAAGAAACACAAGAAGAACAGAACAAAGAAAACACUAGGUAGUUGACUCCUUAAAUUAAUUAAGUCUCCUAUUAAAGAUAUACUUUUUUGUAACUAAACUAAUUAUAUUACAAAUUAUAUAAUCAAUGUGUAUUUAGUGUUACUUCUUAUUAUUUAAUGUGUUGUUAAUAUAUUACAAAACACAUGUAUAUAUGUAUAUAUAUUUUAUGGAAAUAAUAAAUAUAAAAUACUGCAAUUACUAUCUUGAUAAAAAUGAUGCUAGUAAUUAAUAAAAACUCUAUACAAAGCAAGAUGUAUAAGCAUUCAUUUAUUGUUUGGAGUUUGUAUACACAUAAUAUACACACAAUAACAUCAUGAUUAGGAACAUAAUAUAGCUACAAUAUAUUUUGUAAAUUAAAACAUUUUUCAACUGCA